AUGGCGAUGGCGCCGCCGCCCCGUUGGCCGGUGGCCACCUCACGCCCCGCGCCUGGCGCGCGGGCCUGCCGGCCAGCUCUCGUCUUCGGCUCCCUUGCCCUUGCGUUCCUGGGUUCCUGGUCCCCGUGGCGAGCGGCGCCGGCGUACGCCGCGCCAUCGGGGAGCGCAACCAGGGGCGUUCAGUCGCGCAGGGAGGUGCUGCUCGAGGCCGCGCUUGCAGCGGGAGGCGGGGCUGCGGCCUCGGGAGCGCCGGCCUGGGCGCAGCAGCCGGCUGUCACCCCGAGCGGGGACGUGUUCACGUUGAGUGACGGCCUGAAGUUUCCGACGGCGUCGUUCGGCCUCCAGAUCUACGACGACAACACUGCCCAGAAGCUCACGGAGCUCUCUCUGCAGCUGGGCUAUAGGAAUUUCUUUGCGUCUGUGUUGGCGCGCAACCAGCGUGGUUUUGCCAGAGGGGUGCAGGCGUCAGGCGUGCCAAGGGAUCAGUUGUUUAUCUGCGGGACCGUGUUGAGCAACAGGGCCAGAGGAUUCGAGGCCGCCUACAAGGCCACGAAACAGGGUUGUGAUGAGAAUCUGGAGGCUUUCAAGGUGGGGGGCAUUGAUUACGUAGACAUGAUCAUGCUGGACUACCCUGGCCCAGAUUGUGACUCGAUCAAGGGCCAGUGGAAAGCCUUCGAGGAGAUGUUGGCCGCUAAACAGACAAGAAGUCUGGCCGUCAGCAAUUUCAAUUCUGCGCAGCUCGACUGCCUACUCGCAGACAAGACUGCCACAGUCCCAACAGUGAAUCAGCUGCCCUAUUCUAUCCACUACUCUGACAAGACUGCCGUGGAAGAGAACGGCAAGCGAGGCAUCGUUGUGCAGGCGUGGGCACCGCUGGGCGGCAGCACUGGCGGCAUCAAGGGCCAGGCACGGAAAGCUUGUGAGGAGAUCGGCAAAAAGUAUGGCAAGACAUGGGCGCAAGUUGCUUUGCGCUGGAUCGUGGACACAGGUGCAACUUUUUCCAUGCAGACCAGGAGCACAACGCAUUUCGCAGAGAAUCUCAACGUGUUUGAUUUCAAACUGUCACAGGAAGAUCUCGCUUUGUUGCAGAAGGUCAGAACGUAA